AUGGGGAACGAAGCGAGCCUCGAAGGCGGCGAAGGGGUGCUUGCUGGAUUACCGGAGGGGCUCGCACCGGACGGGAAAGGAGGCUUCAUUCGGACCUCCACGGGGGCACAGGUGGACCUGAGCCAACUCAGCGAGGAUGACAGGAAGCAACUCGCCGCGGCUAUGUCAAGGGCGCAAGCCAACAAGCCCGGGGGCGCGCCCGCUCGAAGGCCCUCGGAGGCAGAUGUUCAGCAGCGGCCCCAGCAGCCAGGAGUUGGACCCUCUGGUCGGCUUAGCAAGAGUCGCACCGUAGACGCGUUUGGAGAGGGCCCCACUGGCAGGCCGGCCCCUGGCCGCAGUCCCUCGUCCCUCAGCCUCUUAGAGUCCCGAUUUAGGCAGGAGCCUAAGGACUCGGAGAAGAAAACAGGCAUGUUUGGCUCCAGCUUCCUGAGUGGGGCCAACCCGCUUAACGCUGUCUCGUCCAUGACGUCCCAGGUGUCCUCUGGAAUGUCCUCCAUGUCCUCCGAGGUUACCUCCAUGGGCUCCGGGGUCAACAUGCCCUCAUUUGGCCUGUUUGACAAGGAAGAGAAGCCUGGAGAGAAGCCCCAAGGUGGGCCCCCAGGGCCGGGCAGCAAGGGCCCCCAGCAGGGGGGGCCAAGACCCCCUGGCCCCGGACAAGGGCCCAGACCCCCUGGGCAGCAAGGGCCCAGACCCACUGGUCAUGGACCCCCUGGGCAGCAAGGGCCCAGAACCCCUGGCCCCGGACAAGUGCCCAGACCCCCUGGGCAGCAAGGGCCCAGACCCACUGGUCAAGGCCCCCCUGGUCAGCAAGGGCCCAGACCUCCUGGUCAAGGACCCCCCGGGCAGCAAGGACCCAGACCCUCUGGUCAAGGACCCCCCGGGCAGAAAGGGCCCAGACCCCCUGGUCAAGGCCCCCCUGGCCAGCAAGGACCCAGAGCCCCUGUCUCCGGACAAGGGCACCCUGGGCAGCAAGGACCUAGACCCCCUGGCCCCGGUCAAGGGCCCCCUGGGCAGCAAGGACCCCCUGGCCCCGGUGCACAGCCAGGCGGGCCAGCUAAAGCUGGGGGUCCCCCUGGUCCACAAGGCCCUGGUAAACCACCUGGAGGUGGGCUGUGUCCGCUGUGCAAGAGUACCCAGCUCAACGUGGGCUCCAAGGAGCCGCCCAACUACAGCAACUGUACCAUGUGUAAGAACCAGGUCUGCAGCCUAUGUGGAUUCAGCCCCCCAGACUCGGAGGGCAAAGAGUGGCUGUGUCUCAACUGCCAGAUGCAGAGGGCUAUGGGGGGUAUGGAUGACCCUCCUAUGAUGGGCAGGGGCUCUGCCCCUCCUUCACCCUCAAGGAAAGACCCUGACAAAGAUGGCAAGAAGCCCAAUCUACUGAUUAAGCAGCAGAGCAUCUCCGACAGAGGCUUAACCCCUCCAACCACGCCCAAACAGAAAUCCCCCGGCCCAUCUUCCCCGAAAGGCAGCCCCCAGCCCUCACCGGCCAAAGGUAAACAGGAGUCCAGCUUCUUCGGGGGCCUGGGGGGCAUCAGCCUAGGGGGGCUCACCGAUGUGGCCAAGCCUCCAGCCGCUGCCUCCCAGGCGGCCGAGUCCAUCACGGGAACAAUGUUCAGUGGCUUUGGUGGGUUCACUGGAUCAGCCAAACCUGAUCGGGCCAAAGCCGCUGCUGGUCCCCAAAAAACAGCAGAGUCAGUGACGGGAAAGAUGUUCAGCGGGUUCGGUGGUUUUACAGAGACAGCCAAGCCCCCGGCGGCUGCCUCCCAGAUGUUUGGCUUUGGCUCGUCCAUUUUGAGCUCGGCCACCAACCUCAUGACCACCGACUCUGUGGACUCUGUGGAUGAGAAAGCUGGUUCUCCUGCCGAUUCUCCUGCCGGCUCUCCCCCAGACUCCCCCUUCUCUGCCCCCUGUUCUCCCCUCGGUUCUCCCCCGGACUCUCCCUUCUCCGCUCCCGGGUCUCCCCCCGACUCAGACAGCCCUGACACCCCGCCUGCCUCCAAGAAGGCCCCCAAACGUGCCGUCUCCCUGCUGAAGGACCAAAAGUCCAUAGAAGCAGAUCCCUCCGUGGAGCCUCUGAAAGCGGGGGAGCCGCUUACUAUGGCAACAGGCUCGGGGGCCCAGGAAAACUGCCCUCUGUGUAAGGUGGAGCUGAACGUUGGAUCAGCAGACCCCCCUAACUACAGCAACUGCACUGAGUGCAAGAAGAGUGUGUGCAACCUGUGUGGCUUCAACCCCACACCUCAUCUUGGUGAGAAAGAAUGGUUAUGUCUCAACUGCCAGACCCAAAGAGCUCUCUCUGGCCAGCUGGGCGAUAUGCCCCCUCCACCAUCUCCUGUGAAGAAGCAACUACCCACACCUACCCCUACCCCUCCUGCUUCCCCUGCCAAUGUCCCUGCCUCCCCAGCUGCUGCUGCUGCUGCCUCUCCAUUAGCAAGAAGCCUCUCAGUCACUCAGGCAGAGGCAGCAGCAGCAGCAAAGGAAGACACCCAGCCGCUUCCCAUGUCCAAGGUAGUAGCAGAACGCACCCCGCCCCAAACACCAGACUCUGCGUCUGCAAACACAGACACCACACCCAUCCCACCUGAGCAUGCCACCCCUCCCCCUGAUAGUGUCCCAGAGGAGAAAGAACCAGAGCAGGCUGAAACGAUGGAAGCUAUAUCUGAGACUAUACUGGAUGAGCCUGUGCCAGAGAGUGUAGUGGAGAGUACUGUCGAGGCCCCGGCAGUGGAGAAAGACCCAGAGCAGGCUGAAGCGAUGGAAGCUAUAUCUGAGACUAUGCUGGAUGAGCCUGUGCCAGAGAGUGUAGUGGAGAGUACUGUCGAGACCCCGGCAGUGGAGAAAGACCCAGAGCAGGCUGAAGCGAUGGAAGCUAUAUCUGAGACAAUGCUGGAUGAGCCUGUGCCAGAGAGUGUAGUGGAGAGUACUGUCGAGACCCCGGCAGUGGAGAAAGACCCAGAGCAGGCUGAAGCGAUGGAAGCUAUAUCUGAGACAAUGCUGGAUGAGCCUGUGCCAGAGAGUGUAGUGGAGAGUACUGUCGAGACCCCGGCAGUGGAGAAAGACCCAGAGCAGGCUGAAGCGAUGGAAGCUAUAUCUGAGACUAUGCUGGAUGAGCCUGUGCCAGAGAGUGUAGCGGAGAGUGCUGUUGAGGCCCCGGCAGUGGAUCAUCCAGAGAGUAUGCCAGAGAAAGUUACAGAAGAACAGUCACCACCCGACACUACUCAGGCAGAAUCAGAUUUCCAGCCUGCAGUUGUAGAGGAGCCUGUCAUUGCUCCCCCUGUAGAGAAUGAGUCAGAAAAGCCUGUUGAGGCAGCACCCGAGCCAACUCCAAGCCCAGAUACAGUGCAGAGUGAGUCUACAGCAGAGGAGAUCUCACCGGCUCCCUCUGCAGGUAGUGAGAAAGAGGAGCCCAUCCUAGAGAAGGUUCUUGAAGAGGAAGCUAAGCCGGUAGAGCCAGAGGUGAUUCCAACACCUGAAACGGUCACACAGGAAACUACUGUCCAACCUGACCAAUCACCAGAGCCUGUACCGCCAGCUCCUGUAGUCACUGAGGAGGAAGGGAAAGCAGUGGUGAUUGAGGAAGAACCUAGCCAGCCACCUAAAGCUGAGGAGACAGCUCCUACAACUCCUGCAGUCACCGAGCAGCAGGAGAAACCUAAAGAGCCAGAGCCUCAAGCAACUACUGUUGAACAGCCUCCAACUGAGGUGUCUUCAGUACAUACAGGUCCAGUAGCAGAGAGUUCAGCUGUGGAGACGGCUGUGGAGACUAAGAUGCCACCAGUUAAGGUUGUAGAGAAUUCGGCCUCAGCUCCCGAAGCUCCUAAUGAGCCGGUAGAGGAUUGUGCAUCUCCCAAACCAGCAGAGCUAGAGCCUGUGCCUUCACAAAAAGAGGAGGUGCCACCUGCGGUAGAAGAAACUCCCCCUGUAGUUGCUGAGAAUGAACAGCCUAAAGAGGUAGAGACCGUUCCACAAACUGAGGCAGUUGAGUCUGUAGCCCCAUCUCCUCCUCUAAUUACUGAUAAAGUUGAGGAGAAGCCUGUGGAGAAGGAGGCAGAGCCAAUUCCGCCAGCCCAAGUUGAGGAGAAGCCUGUAGAGAAGGAGGCAGAGCCAAUUCAGCCAGCCCAAGUUGAGGAGAAGCCUGUAGAGAAGGAGGCAGAGCCAAUUCAGCCAGCCCAAGUUGAGAAGAAGCCUGUAGAGAAGGAGGCAGAGCCAAUUCCGCCAGCCCAAGUCGAGGAGAAGCCUGUAGAGAAGGAGGCAGAGCCAAUUCAGCCAGCCCAAGUUGAGGAGAAGCCUGUAGAGAAGGAGGCAGAGCCAAUUCAGCCAGCCCAAGUUGAGGAGAAGCCUGUAGAGGAGGCAGAGCCAAUUCCGCCAGCCCAAGUUGAGGAGAAGCCUGUAGAGAAGGAGGCAGAGCCAAUUCAGCCAGCCCAAGUUGAGGAGAAGCCUGUAGAGAAGGAGGCAGAGCCAAUUCAGCCAGCCCAAGUUGAGAAGAAGCCUGUAGAGAAGGAGGCAGAGCCAAUUCAGCCAGCCCAAGUUGAGGAGAAGCCUGUAGAGGAGGCAGAGCCAAUUCCGCCAGCCCAAGUUGAGGAGAAGCCUGUAGAGAAGGAGGCAGAGCCAAUACCGUCAGCCAAAGUUGAGGAGAAGCCUGUAGAGAAGGAGGCAGAGCCAAUACCGCCAGCCCAAGUUGAGGAGAAGCCUGUAGAGAAGGAGGCAGAGCCAAUACCGCCAGCCCAAGUUGAGGAGAAGCCUGUAGAGGAGGCAGAGCCAAUUCCGCCAGCCCAAGUUGAGGAGAAGCCUGUAGAGAAGGAGGCAGAGCCAAUACCGCCAGCCCAAGUUGAGGAGAAGCCUGUAGAGAAGGAGGCAGAGCCAAUUCCGCCAGCCCAAGUUGAGGAGAAGCCUGUAGAGAAGGAGGCAGAGCCAAUUCCGCCAGCCCAACUUGAGGAGAAGCCUGUAGAGAAGGAGGCAGAGCCAAUUCCGCCAGCCCAAGUUGAGGAGAAGCCUGUAGAAAGUGAGGCAGUAGUAAAGAAAGUACCAGAGGCUUCUCCUGCACCUCCUGCUGCUGAACCAGAAAACGUUAGCCCUGAGAGAGAUUACGAAAGGACAGAGUCAGAAACAGGGGUUGAACCCAGCCCAGAAGUCAAAGCCGACAAGUCAGUUUCACCAUCCCCUUUUGAGAAAAAAGUCCCUGAACAGCUCCCAGAACCUGAACCACAAUCAGCUAAAGUUGAUCAGAUCCCACCUCAGGAGGCUGUAGAAGCUCCAGCACCAGUAGUAGAAAAAAAGACAGAUGAAACUGAAACUGAGGCUGGAGCAGAACGUGUAGGUCAGAAAGACGAAAAUCUGACAUCUGUGGAUACAAAGGUUGAACCAGAGCCAACAGCAGAUAAUAAGGCUGAAAAAGCCCAGGAUAUGUCUACUCCCCCUGUUUCUGAAGCUAAAGAGCAAGAAAAGGUCAAAGCAGAGCAUUUAGAACGAGCUAUAGAGGCAGCGUCACUAUCAUCUGCUGCUAGUGAGCCACAAGCCCCUGAGAACGUUUCUGAGGAGAAACCCACACAGGAAGGGAAAGAAGCUGGCAGCAUAGCUGAAAAUAAACAAGAGGUGUCUAUAGCUGAGACCCCUGUAGUAGAACCUGACACCCUAGUCCCUGUAGUUGGUGAACAGGACGAAGACAAACCCCUGAAUGAAGUGAAGUCAAUGCCUGAAAUUCAAGGGAUAAUAGAGGCUGAACUGGAUGCAGUUGGAGAGGCAACGCUGAAAGACCCUGGAGAAAAAAACACAGUCGCCAAGGAUAUCAGUCCCACCAGCCCCUCAGAUCUUGCCAAGCUGGAGAGCACUGUCCUUCCCAUACUAGAGGCCCAGGCUACACAACCAAAGGACAAUUCAGACAAACUGACCGACUCACUCAAGACCAGACGCAAACUUGUGGUGCUACCCCUCUCACCUGAAUCUCCCAGCACAGAGGAUGACCCAGAACUCUCAGAGAAGAAGGACGCCUCAGCAAAGAAAAAGCUGCUGGUGCCGACAGACAUCAGGGGUGACUCGUUGGAGGACAGCAGUGAGAGCUUAGGGAAAGAUAGUCCCGUGUCAGGGGAUGACGAAGACUUAAUUCGUAAACAGAUCAUGGAGAUGAGUGAGAAUGAGGAUGCUUCGCCGUCCGACGAAGAAAACCUCAUCCGGCAAAAGAUCCGAGAUCAUGAGAGGAAACGAUUGGAGCAGGAGAAAGGGGAGGGGAAGGAGAGAAGCGCAAUGGCAAAAGGCAGGCGGCUCCUCAAGAAGAACACCAUCAGCCCUGAGGACGAAGAUGAGCGGAAAAUCUCACUGGAUAAACCUGACAAGGCAUGGAAAGAGGGAUCGGAACCCAAAGUCUCAGACUCUCAGGAAGGGGAACAGCCUUCGGCAGAUAGAGUUGUGGCGGUACGCCAAUUCAGAACCAUCGAGCUCAACACGACUACCAACCCUGUGCGCAUACCGGGUACGUCAGAUGAUGGAGAGCUUGAGAUGGAAAGCCUCACCAACUCCCCUGAUGAUCGCUCCAGGGGCGAUGGGUCCUCCAGCCUGCACGCAUCCAGCUUCACCCCUGGUACAUCGCCUACAUCCCUGUCCUCUUUGGAUGAGGACAGUGACAGCAGUAGUCCCAGCCGCAUGCACAGUGGCGAGGGGAAACAGCACAGGAAAGCGAAGCAUAGACAACAAGGCCAAGGUCUACCCACCAUCGAAGACUCUUCUGAGGAAGAGGAGUUACGAGAGGAGGAGGAGCUACUAAGAGAACAGGAGAAGCAGAAAGGCUCUGGGAAGAAGUCGAAGAAGGACAAAGAGGAGAUCCGAGCUCAGAGGAGGCGUGAGCGUCCCAAAACGCCGCCCAGCAACCUCUCUCCCAUUGAAGAUGCCUCCCCGACAGAAGAGCUGAGGCAAGAGGCAGAGAUGGAGGAGUUCAGGCGAUCAUCCUUAUCCGAUUUCUCUCCCAGCAUCGAGUCAGAACCAGAGGGAGUUGAGAUCAAUGCUGCAAAGAUUGCAGCAGUACAGAAAGUAUACCAACUUCCUACAUCUGUUUCUCUCUACUCUCCAACAGCUGAUCAAGGUGCUAAUAAAAGCCCUGAAAAACGAGCCCUGAAAACUGCAGACGAAGCCUACGAAGAGAUAAUGCUAAAGGCUAAAACACCCACAAAGGAAAAGGUGGACACCCCUCUGGGGAAAGAGUCCCUCUAUGGCGGGAUGCUGAUAGAAGAUUAUGCCUUUGAGUCCCUUGUUGAUGGAAAUGGAAAGAAAGUCCAGCAGCAGGAGCCUGAGAAAAUCUCAGUGCCAGCUCAGCCCAAAAUACUGAGAUCUCCAGAUGAGGUUUACGAAGACAUGAUGGAGAAGAAGAAAGAAUUCAUGCAGCUGGAGCAGGAACUGAAAAAAGCACAGUCCGUGUCAGAUAGACCAACACCAGAGAUUGUAUUGCAACCCACUGAGCCAACCAGCUCCAGGAGUGUUACAGUUACUAUAGGCAAGGAUGGGAAACCACUGCUCGAUGCUGAGGCUGCGUAUGAGGAACUCAUGAAGAAAGUUCUGACUCCUGGGACUAGCCCGACACAGCAGGGUCCUGAUAUAUCUGGGGCGGCCCCUGGUGGUGAGUUUGAAGGUACUGAAUCCAGAAGGGCUCUGCGUCCCAUACCAGACCUGAGGGUUACACAGUGCUCCUCAGGGGAGGAGGACGCUGAUGAAGAGGCCACUGAGACCAAAAGUCAAGAUAAGCCAAAGACUUCAUCAGACAAUCCUAAAGCUGAUCAGGCACCCUUAACAGCUGCUGCAGAAACUGAGUCCAAAUCAGUUGCUUGCAAGGUCCCCUCAUCAACAACUUCAGACCAACCACAGACCCACAUUGAAUCUUCCCAGACUGACCAGCCUCUGGACAUAACCCAACAGGAUGUCAUGGACUUGUCUAGUAUGAAGUCCUCAGCCCCUGCUGUUGCCAGUGUAUCGCCCUUACCCACCGUCCCUCAGUACACCCCCACUGUCCACAGUGUAGUGUCAACCACCCCACCAGUGCCCCCCAAACCAGCCAUCCUGCACAGGGCUCUGUCUCAGGAAAAAGCAGACAUUCCUGAACCCCCUCCACUGCCCCCUCCCACCAUGCCAAAGCCAUCGGUUUACCCCAGGAAACCCCCUAUACCGCUUCCAUCUCAGGCUAUAAUCAGGUCAGAACAUGUUGCCAUGACAACAGCCCAAGGGUCGCCGGUAAGACAGCCUCAUGUCCCCCCACCGGUUCCUCCAAAGCCAGCCAUCCCUGCUGGAAUGGGGUACAGCCACAGGCCAGGAGAAAAUGUUAAACCACCCCUUGCUCCAAAACCUGUCUCUCAGCCUGGCUCUCCUGCCCACAUCCAAUAUCCAAGACCCACUGCCCUCCACACAGGCCAUGCUGAUAUAGCCCUGAAUCUGAGCCCCUCAGCUGAAAGCAGGCCAGGUCACUUCUCAGGUCAUUCCUCGGGUCACUCCUCGGGUCACCCAUCCCCCACUUCUCCGCGAUAUGGCAAUCGACACGAAACUUAUGUGGUUAUAACUCUGCCAUCCCAGCCCAGCUCUCCAGUGGAAGGGAUCACCACCCAGGCCCCAUCCAGUCCAGGUCCAGCAUCUCCCUCAAGACAUGCCCAACCUCCACCUCAACCUCAAACACAGUAUCAACCACAACCUCAACCCCAGAAACAACCACAGCCACCUCCACCACACACAAAUAGGGUGCCCCUGGCAUUCACUCGCAUCACUGAGUCCAUGGAAAGUCAAGAGAUAUGUGGACCAGAGAAAGUUGUGUCAAGCUCCUGUCAUGUCAUUGAGGCUAUUUCAGCAUCCGCUCCACCCCCAGAGGUCAGGUUAGGGCAGGUCACUCAGUUUGUGACGACAGAAGUUCAAAGAACCAUGGUGUCUGUCCGACACGAAAGGUCGCCGCCCCCACCUCCAGCCCCAAGAGCGAACGGUGUUCCAAUCUCACUGGAGAAACCUAAACCACAACAGACACAGAGUCCACAGGGCUACCAGCCAGGGGAGGUAGUAGACCUUCGUACCAUGAAGGUGAAUUCAGCAUCGGCCAUGAAAGUGGUGGAUCUGUCUUCGUCAGAUGUUAGACGUCAGUCCUUGGCCACAGACAUCAACGGUCGUCAGACAAGCGCAGUGCAGUCCCUAGUGGUGAAUCUCAGCACUGAGUCGACCAGUGUUUCCAUAGUGACUGACAGCAUCACCAUAGUUACAUGUGCUGCCACCAUACAAAGCUACGAAAAUACCAACAUAUCCCAAGUCCCUUCUCUGCCCCUUCAGCUUACAACCACAAACAAAGCCUUCGAGCCUGUUUGUCAGAUCAUCUAUCGGCCCAUUGAUGCACAGCCCACAACCAGCAACAAUGCUGAGAUCCCGAUGAACCUUUCUGUAGGACCUGGCACAGGCUUAGGGACAUUCCAGACACCUGUCACUAUCGCCCCUACCCCUGCACCAGGGUGUGUGGCUAAUGGUCUGAGCAGCGGGAUGCCGACAGUAGCGGGUGCGGUGGACCUUAGCACAGCCAAACCCUUCAACACCGUGGUUUCGGUCGACGCUUCCUCCGCAGAAGUGGUCAUGGCUGUGAUCACAGAGGAGGAUGGGAAGCCCGUGGACCUGACGGCUGGGAGAAGAGCCAUCUGCUGUGAUGUUGUCUACAAGCUGCCAUUUACAGGUAGCUGCACCACCCAGCAGCCCACUACUCCAUUGCCCGAAGACCGCUUCGGCUACCGAGACGACCACUACCAAUACGACCGCUCACCCUACAACAUGAGGGGCUUCGGUGGCAUCAAACCCUCCAUGUCCGACACCAAUCUGGCUGAGGCUGGGCUGUUCCUCUAUAAGAGCAAGAACAGUUACAAUUUCCAUGGCACCACAGAGGGUGCAGUAGACCUGACAUCCUCCAAGACAUCUGAUGCAGGUGUAGCUUUGGACUUCUCCACCAAAGGCUCAGGGUUAUAUUCAGGAAUGAUAAUCCCCCCAUAUUCCCAAGCCAGAGUCAAAGGAGCUGUUGGGACACACUUUGGCACGAGCAGUGUCCUGAGAUCCUCCAAUGGGGUGGUGUACUCUUCAGUCUCAGUACCAAUCCCAUCCACCUACGCCAUCACCACACAACCUGGGUCCAUAUUCAGCACCACUUACAACUCCCUGUCAGCGGGCAUGCACACCAGCGACACCAUGCCAUCCCUGUCCACUCUCCAGAACCAGCCCAUGACUCGGUCCCACAGCUUCAUCUCCUCCACCUCUGCAGACGAUCAAGGGGACGUCCCCCUCAACCUGGAGCUCGCUAAAGAUGGCAUAUCCACCUCCGCGGCCCUCACCACCAAAACGGUCACCCUGGCCCUGGAAAGGCUGGACUCGUACACGGACGCGUCCCUGGAGGCUAUCGCCGCCUCGCUGGAGGCCCUGUCCUCGCCCUGUGUGCCAGGGGAGGGCCAGUACCAGAUGCAGCGUGAGAUUCUGGAGAUGGAGAAGUUCAAACAGCAGCGGUUGGCUGAAGAACUGGAGUGGGAGCGUCAGGAGAUCCAGCGCUUCCGCGAGCAGGAACAGAUGCUGGUGCAGAAGGAGCUGGAGGAGCUGCAGUCCAUGAAGCAGGCCAUCCUGUGCCAGCAGGAGGAUGAGCGCCAGGCCCACCUCAUGAUGCAAAAGGAAACCUAUGCCCAGCAGCAGCAGCAGCUAGAGCAGAUUCAGAGGCUCCAGGAGCAGCUCCGAGCACAACUGGAGGAGCAGAAGUUCCGGAAGAUGUACCCGGGGGAGGUGUUGCUGGGGCAUGGCCAGCAGGAGGCAGUCGUCCUGGGGCCGGACGGCACCGAGCUGGCCCGGAAAAUCAUGGAUAGUGGGUGCCAGACGGACGACGAGGACAGUGUUGUCGAUAAAGCCUACACGGCGGGGAGGAAGAAGAGAAGCACGGCCAAGAAGAGCGUAGACAGCUGCGUGCAGACGGACGAUGAGGACCAGGAGGAGUGGGAGCCUGCUCGGGCCAGACGUAGCAGGCCUCGCACGUCAAGGGGGGACAGAGGCGGACAGACUUCCGAUAUGUCCAUUCAAGCUCACUCUGAGAUCUCCAUACAGACGGACUCUGCAGGUAAUGUAAGAAUGGACGCCAGGAUGGAGCUCUCUGACUCGGAAAGUCCACAUUGGGAAGACAAGAGACGGCCCACGCCCUUGGAGAUAGAACAGUCUGGCCACCUCAGAGCUGACCCCUCCUCACUUCAGGCCCCGCCCAAAUCCCCCAAUGUUCUCUACUCCCCCAUAUCCCCCUGCAUAUCCCCGAGCAAAUCCCUUGAGUUUGUGUCCUAUGAGAAAUCACUGGGUGAUACAAGCCCACAGAGAAUAAGAGGGAGUACUGAUCCGACCAAAGUCUCUCCAAUCGGCAGCCCCAAGGGACCUAAGGCCAUGCAGAGAUCCAUGUCCGACCCCAAGCCCAUGAGUCCCACUGGAGAGGAGAGGGCAUCAUCCAGUUUCCAGUAUGGCGACGGUUACUCUGGCAAAAGCUCGUCGGGCAGCACACCAACUGGCACCGGCAAGAAGGUGAAGAGGACCCUCCCCAACCCGCCCUCGGAGGAGGAGGCAACAGCCGCCGGCCAGACGGCCAACAGCACAGGCUCGGCCCGCCGUCGCAUGUGCCGCAACACCAACAUGGCGAGGGCCAAGAUCCUGCAGGAUAUUGACCGUGAGCUGGACAUGGUGGAGCGUGAGUCGUCCAAGCUCCGCCACAAGCAGGCGGAGCUGGACGAAGAAGAGAAGGAGAUCGACGCCAAGCUACGCUACCUGGAGAUGGGCAUCAACCGCAGGAAAGACGCCCUCCUCAAGGAGAGGGAGAAGAGGGAGCGGGCCUACCUGCAGAGCGUGGCCGAGGAUCGUGACUACAUGUCAGACAGUGAGGUCAGCAAUAUCCGGGAGACACAGAGCGGCCGUGGCAGUGGAGAAGAUGAAGAGAUGGGAAGUCACGGGCUGGAGCGCCCCAGGACGGCACCCCAGUCAGAGCUGGAUGAUUUUGUGCCACCACAGACCACACACGAGGCCCAGUACGGCACGUACUCCCAGUACCAGUACCCACUGAGCCAGACGCUGUACCAGCAGCAGUCACUCUACCAGUCCCCCCAGCCCUACCAGUCUCAGUCCAUCUACUCCUCAGUCCCCUCCCUGGCUAGCUCCCAGCAGCAGAGCUACCACCAGAUGCUCCUUCUCCAGCAGAAGGCAGCCAGGCAGGCGGCCCUGAUCCAAGAGUUGGACGCGUCGUCAAAGUACGAAGUCAUCAGCCGACAGCCCGACCCCGUGUCCUCUGCCUACAUGGGAGGGGUCAGGUACGACAAGUACGGUAACCACUUGGACCUCCGGGCCCUGGAGGUGGGGGGCAGUAUGGCUGGCAGCCCCAUGUCCAACGUGUCGGCCGACUCCUUCUAUGGAGACGUGGAGCACCACCACCACAGUCCACGAAGCUACAUCCUCCUAGAAGAUGCGGCAGAGCUGGCCAAGAGCUCCACGAGUCUGGCUUCAUCCAGCUACGCCCAGGCCGAGAAGGAGUUGGCUAAGGCAGAAAGGCUGUUGCGAAGAAGUGCAGCCGACUUGACCUCCACCGACUACCUGGGCUCCAGCUCCAGGCUCCACUCCGGGUAUGGAAAGACCCCAGACGAUGAGGACUCCAUGGACGACCCCUACGAGCUGAAGCUCCUCAAGCAGCAGCUGAAGCAGGAGUUCCGGAGGAGCACAGGGGGAACAGAGAGCCUGGACCCACUGACGGGUCUCUCCCACAACUACUACGGCACCCCCAGCUCGGGUGUCUCCUCCUCCCAGAGUUACUCCCAAAGACACUACCCCAAGACUGAGAAAUACAGCAUCAGCCGGCUGACCCUAGAGAAGCAGGCAGCCAAGCAGCUCCCAGCGUCCAUGCUGUACCAGAAGAACAAAGCCCCGCUGACCGACCUCAAAGUCUCCAAGUACUCCUCGAUGCAAGACAGCAGGAGUCUGGAGACAGACUAUACCAGCUAUUUAGGGUCCAGUAACGUUAGCGCCUCUCCCAGAUCCAGCCGGCUCCUUCAGGACGAGAUCACCUUUGGACUACGCAAGAACAUUGCAGAGCAGCAGAAGUACCUGGGCUCCACUUUGGGUGCCAACCUGGCUGGCUCGCUCAACUUCGGCCAGAGCCUGGCCUUGGACUCGACUUCCUACCCCAGUGGCAGCCGGUCACGGCCCUCUUCUAGGCCCAACUCCGUCUAUGGCCUGGAUCUCUCACUCAAACGGGACCCAUCCAGUUCCUCUUUGAGGCUCAAGGGGGACGGCGAGGCGGCCUCAGACAGCUACCAGAUGCCAUCAGGGCGUGCCAAGCCCACCAGCCUGCCCAUCGUGCAGGGCGGCCGGGGGCGCAUCCCCAUCGUGGCACAGAACUCUGAGGAGGAGAGCCCGUUGAGUCCUGUGGGCCAGCCUAUGGGCAUGGCGCGGGCGUCGGCGGGGCCCCUGCCGCCCAUCUCGGCCGACUCACGGGACCAGUUUGGUUCGUGCCUCUCCCUGCAGGACUCCCAGCAGCAGCAGCACCUGAGGGACGAGCCAACGAGGGGGCGGGGCUACGUCUUGAUGGACGACCUCCAGUGCACUAUGUCGGACGGCGAAGCCUACCACCUACGGCGAGAGGAAACGGACUGGUUUGACAAACCACACGAGGGACGACCAGAGAACGGACAAGGGCCGGACAGGAGACAGGUGACACCCACGCACCCACGCACCCACGGCACAAGUCAUAAAUUUCCUGUAUGUGUCUCUCAGGGGAAGGGUGUUUACUACCCCUUUCCUCACACCAGAGUCAAACUGCAGAGGGAUCCCAAGGACCGCAGCGUGUCAGGGAAUGGAUUGGGUAUCAGAGUGGUGGGAGGUAAAGAGGUUCCAGGGACCAACGGAGACAUCGGAGCCUACGUAGCUAAAGUCUUACCUGGAGGAGUUGCCCAACAGACUGGGAAGAUACUAGAGGGAAUGCAGGUGCUGGAGUGGAACGGGCUUCCUCUGACGGGGAAGACCUACGAGGAAGUGCAGGGGCUUGUGGUACAGCAGUGUGGCGAGGCAGAACUCUGCGUGAGACUAGAUCUGAACAUGCUGGCUGACUCUGAGGGCUCUCAGCACCUUGAUCUCCCGGACCAGCGCAAACCAGGUGACAGACCCCCCAGGUCUCCGGGGGUGGAUCCGAAGCAGCUGGCUGCAGAGCUACAGAAGGUGUCCCAGCAGCAGGCUCCUCCACCUACCACCGCCACAUCCUCCUCCUCCACGACGGGGGGAGAGAAAGGACCCCACUCUGCCAUCUCAGGCGCCGCCUCGGCCGCCUCUAGCGCCAUCCAGAGUCCGGGCCAGCCGGGGUCGCCCUCCGUCAGCAAGAAACGCCACAGCAGCAAGUCUGCGGACGCAGUGAAGACACAAUCCCACCCUGUUACUGGAGAGAUACAGCUUCAAAUCAACUAUGACAAGCAGCUGGGGAACCUGAUUGUUCACGUGCUCCAAGCCAGGAACCUGGCCCCCCGAGACAACAACGGCUACUCCGACCCCUUCGUCAAAGUCUACCUCCUACCUGGGAGGGGUCAGGUCAUGGUUGUCCAGAAUGCCAGUGCUGAGAAUAAGAGGAGGUCAAAACAAGCUGGCCAGAGUCUGAACCCAGAGUGGAACCAGACUGUUAUCUAUAAGAACAUCCACCUGGAACAGCUGAGGAAGAAGCUGCUGGAGGUGAGCGUGUGGGACUACGACAAGUGCUCCUCCAACAACUUUCUGGGAGAGGUGUUGAUGGACCUGUCCAACACAGCUAACAUGGAUAACGUCCCACGCUGGCUCCCUCUGAAGGAACAGAGUGAGGGAGAGCACCACCGGCGCUCCCUUUCAGCACAGGGGCGCCAGCACUCCCCCAAGCCCCCCUCGCAGCACGCCUCCCCCAAAACCCCCGCCCACGGGAACCAGGACUCGCCCAAGUCGUCGGUCAUCAAGAGCCGGAGCCACGGGAUCUUCCCUGAUCCAGCCAAGGACACGCAGGUGCCCACUAUUGAGAAAUCUCACAGUAGCCCCGGCACAUCGAAGCCUUCCCCGUCCGAGGGCCACAGCCAACAUACGCCACGUGCGGCUCCACGUGCGGCGCCUCGCAAAAGUGCAAGGCAACACCAGCAGGAUGGCGACGGCGGUGUCGCUGUAGCAACGGGUGAAGCUCCGGCUCCGCAGCAACAGCACCGCCUCCAACCAAUCUCCUACCCCCCAGCCCAAAGAGGCCGCCUCUCCCUGAGGCACCACAGACACACCAUAGUGGGCGUGCUCACCAUUCAGAAAGCCCAAUCCGAUUCGCUCCCCGCCCCGCCGGGCCCGGCAGCAUCAGCCAAUAGGAGCCAAGCAGACGGCAGACACAUGACCUUCAGGAAAGCCAUGUCUGAAGAGAGGCCACAGAGGGAAGGAGCACAGCCCGGCAGGUCCGGCGACGCUCCGGUAACAGCCGCCUCAUUGGACAGCGGUCUGAGUGGCAGUGCUUACAGCCUAUUGGAGGAUGAGGGUGGGACUAAUGCCGUGGACAGUGCCAUCUUCCAGGUCCCUCGGUUUGGGAAGAUUCCAAAUGGCACAGACGUGAUGAUGUCACCAAUGGGCCAUAUGGACUCUGAGGGUAAGACCCAGGUAAUGGGAGAGAUCAAGAUAGCUCUGAGGAAGGAGCUGAAGACAGAGGGAGACCAGCUGGUGUUGGAGAUUCUUCAGUGCAGAAACAUCACCUACAAGUUCAAGUCUCCAGACCACCUGCCAGACCUCUAUGUGAAGCUGUAUGUGGUGAACAUUGCGACCCAGAAGAGGAUCAUCAAGAAGAAGACCCGGGUAUGUCGUCACGACCGCGAGCCCUCCUUCAACGAGACCUUCAGAUUCUGCAUGAACCCCACCGGCCACUCUCUGCAGCUCUUCCUGGUGUCCAAUGGGGGGAAGUUCAUUAAGAAGACCCUGAUCGGAGAGGCCUACAUCUGGCUGGAUAAGGUGGAUGUGCGGAAGCGAGUGGUCAGCUGGCACAAACUGCUGGCUAGCUCUGCUCAGAUCCACUCCUAA